AUGAUGCGGUCAUUACACGGCCAACUUGCCAUCGCAUUGGUACUGGCUUCUUCUGUUCUAACCAUCGCUCAAUCUCAGAUUGGAGACAUUGACGAUUCUCCAUUUUACGAUCCCAGCUUGGCUGGAAAAACUUACUUGGAGAAGGACGGUGCUAUAGAAGCUUCUUCUGUUAUGAGCUCAGCCGACUCGGCAUCGGCACAACAGGGCUUCAUGCUGUCCUUUUUAAUGAUCAUCGUAUCUGAAGUGGGUGACAAGACAUUCUUGAUCGCUGCUAUCAUGGCAAUGAAACAUUCUCGGCUUGUGGUCUUUGCAGGCGCGUUCUCAUCCUUGUUUGUCAUGUCCGUUCUAUCUGCUUUCCUUGGCCACGUAGUUCCUAAUCUGUUGCCAGCCGCUUAUACCACCUGGUUGGCUGCAGUGCUCUUUUUCUGCUUCGGUGUCAAGAUGUUGAGUGAGGCGUAUAAAAUGAAAGGUGAUGAAGCUCAAGAAGAAAUGGCUGAAGUCGAAGAAGAACUUAUGGAGGCCGAAGAUCGAGAUAAUCUUCGAAAAAUCAAUACCGAAGAAGUCGGCGGCCUGGAGUCUCCACAUGAGAAGAAAACCGAACAGCUCAAGGAUGGCAUCGUUAAUUUAAUGCAACUGGUCUUCUCCCCUGUCUUUGUACAGACCUUCAUACUUACGUUUUUGGGUGAAUGGGGCGACCGGUCUCAAAUCUCGACGAUUGCUCUCGCUGCUGCUAAUAAUGUCUAUUGGGUAACGCUCGGCGUUGUUGUAGGCCACUCUAUGUGUACCUUCGUUGCUGUUAUGGGUGGAAGAUACCUUGCAACCAAAAUAUCAGUUAAGACAGUUACCUACACAGGCGCCGUGCUCUUCAUCAUCUUUGGAUUUGUGUACCUUUAUCAAGCGUUGCACCCAGAAGCAGCUCAAUUGUUGUAG